AUGGGCCAGAGGCAUAACAGACGUCGCACUCGUCCUCGUUCCAGCAAGCGAAGAAACAGUUUCGAUCAAGACUCGCCCGAAUUGUCAAAUAUCCACCCGCCAUUAGCUCUCCCAUCUACAAUUUGGAGCCCUCAUACUCCCGUGCCUCCACCAGCAGCCCUCCACUAUACUCCGUCCGCUGCAUGCAUUUCACCUGGAUCGCCGGUCUCAGCAGCCCCUGCCCCGACCUGGCAUUAUGGGUUUACGGCUUGGCCGAUCCGUGAGAAUGUACCGCAACGGCGGGAAGCAAGCAUCGGUCUCGAGGCACGGCAGUGUCGAUUGUUCGGCGGCGAGCCGGGCGACGAUCUAAACCUUUGUUAUCGCAUGCUGGAGUAUUUCGAUGGUCUCGACUAUAUCGACCCAUUACGAAACAGCACUCCGGGAGAUUGA